GCAGAUGUCGGGGAUAUACGUUUCGGAGUUGCGUAUGGUAUAGGCCAAAUUGCACUUUGCGGCUAUAAUGGGUUUCUUCUCGAUUGCUGUCAUUUCGAUACGUGAGUUGCAGACUUGUUACCGCGGCGACACGUGAUGUCUUUUUUCGUAAUAGUACCACGCGCCCGCGUGUUUCUCGCACUCAUCGUGAUACACGAGAAACGGAAAAAUCGAGUUGAAAACUUGACUUGAAAGAAUAUUACUCAAAUCUCAUGAUCUUUAUAAAAAGUAGCGCGUUAUGUUCCAUUGUAUAAGUUCGUGACUCUUUUGUGCGCAAACACUUUGAGAUCUCUGCGUCGCGGAAUUUGCAUUUCAAAUCAGGCGCAACUAUAUAUAUAUACACGAUUACCAUCGUUGUCAACCACAUAAACAAAAUCCUAAGAUAAAGGAUCGAGCCCAAUUAGCGCCCGAGUAGACAAGUAAACAUCAAGCGCUCGUCUCAUUCCAUCAUAAUACCUAUAUAGUAUCGAAAAAGCGCGGCGGUGGCUCUCGACUAUUAAACUCGCGCGCGGCCGGCGGCCAAAUGGCCGCGUCGAGUGGUCGUCGUGCUCCACCUAAGCUUGCGACGGCAAACAGUAGUCGAGAGGUAAAGACCACUGCUCAUCGGCGGCUGGAGCUUGCGAGAGGCCGGCAGCGGCCGGUAUGGCGGCGGCGGCGAGGACCUCGCUCGUCGAGCAGAAACGACUUCAGUGGGCCAAGGAGAGAGCUGGCUUUUCGGCGUCUGUUUUUUCUUCUUUUCUCGUUUGAGCUUGCGCUGAGGGCAUGCCCAGCUUUUGGAAUGACAUCACGCGAGAGGAGAUGUCAAGACUUACCGGGAACUAUGCCCCCAUCAAGACUAGCAGCACCGUUCGCACCUCGAUUCGCAGCACAUACGCAAACGGCAGCGCUCGUUGCUCGCUCGCGGAGAUGAACGGCAAGUCUCAGCAGCAGCGCUACGCAAGCACGAUAAGUCUUCGCAGCCUGGCUGCAUCGGAGGCCAGUCUCGGCUGCACCAACGGACUGCGAAACAGCCUCGAUUACUCGAGCGCCAGCCUCAUAAAUCUCCAGGACCAGGUCGAACUGGAACGCGUCAGCGUCUCGAGGCGGCGCAGUCCCAGUUUGCCGCCGAUCUACAACAAGGAGGAGUAUCGGUAUCAGGAACCGGAGGAGUUGCCUCUCGGCUCGCGGCAGUCGAGGUCGACCCACAGGUGUUCGCGCAACGGCAAGACGCAUCGCUCCGGUACCAGAGACAAGCAGCAUCAUCAUCAUCAUCAUCGUCAGGGAAAAGGAGCCGAACAGGAGAGGGAAGGCGAGACCUCGGGAUACGCCAGCGACAACUUUGACGGACCUGCGCAGCAGCAGCAAGUUGUCGCGUUGCCCUGUCAUGUGAACUGUCACAAUCCGGACACAGCGAUGGGCGAGCGAACCUGGCAGAAUCCGUACUACAGCGACGAGAACUCGCUGCCGUCGUCGCGGAAACUCGUGAGUCUGGCUCGCGCUGGUGAGUUCAACAGACAGCGUUGGGGCAGCGUCUGGGGCCAAGAGGUGUCGAAGGAUCCGCCGCCGCCUUCGUGGCUGGAACGUGGACUCUCUAGGCUUGAUCACAGCUCUCAGGUUCUCGUGAUAAACCACGACAGUGCGAGCAGCCCGGACAGCUCAACGACGGGUUCUCUCGGCUCCGACACCAACAAGACUUACCUGAGAGGCCAGAACCAGCCAAUAGACGCGGACAUUCUGCAAGAGCGGGAGGUGAGACGGCAGAAAGCUCUGGAACUGCAGACCGCGAUAAAGCAACAGCUCGAGGAACGCGAGCGGAAACGAAAGGAGGAAAGAGAGAAGAAACUGAGGGAAGAGCGCGCCGAGGAGGAGAGGAUCCAGCGCGAAAGAGAUCUGGAGAAGCAGAGGUUCGAAGAGGAGCAGCGGAGGCAGCGCGAGAAAGAGGCAGCGAAGCUGAAGAAGAGCAAGGCCAUGCAAGAGGUACUCGAGGCGGCAGAGCGUCAGGCCAAAGAGGAGAAGCGACAGCGACGUCGGCGAGACGACGACGCUGGAAACGAGGCUAAUCGGCCUCGCGACGAUAAGAACGGCGCGGAAAACGCUGGGAACAGUGCUCAGCCCAUCGAUAAGGAGGCCAAGCAGGCACUCAAUCGACGAGAGAGUUCCGCUACUAUGGACACACACACAACCAGCCGGAACCACGGCAGCUCAGAACCAGUCCGCCUGCCGAUCAGUCAGGAAGUGGCCAUAGUCCUGAGCGGUCGUCUCGAGGAUCCCGAACUCCUGGCCAAGUCACCCCUUAAGCUAGUCAACCUGGUAGUCAGUCCCCGCAAUGGCAGCAGCGCCUCCAGAAACAUCGAGUCCGGCGGUGGUAUUAGUCUGAGUGCUCUUCUCAGCGGUUUGGGAAGUCCCGUGAUUCUCCAGACGACGACGCGACCGUCGCCCCGGUUCGCCGAGAACAGACUUCUGACGCCCAGCAAGUACCGGGUGGCCAGUGGAAGGGAGUGCGGGACUCAGACCGAUUGCGAGGGAGAUCAGCUCAGCUCGGACCUCGCGGAAAAGGCUCACGAGAUGAGGACGAAGGACGCGAAGGAGAGGAAGGAGGCUGCCAACAACAGUCGCAGAGACGUUGAAAAGUCGACCAACACGGGCGACGACUCCUCGACCAGCAAACCCCUACCCGGCCGCAACAAGUCCCAGCCGAGGAUAACCGCGAGCCUGGAAUCCCGACCGCGCUGGAACGCCAAUCGUCCAGGCACCCGGUACCGCACCCAGAGCGAGAAGGACCCGCACUACCAGAGGCGCAUGAGGCUCAGGCGCAGACAGGUGGAGACCAGUGACGAGGGUUCCAGCGACUUCCAGAGAUCGCCGUCGCCCAGUCGACGAAAGCACGGCAUCACUAAAGCCAAGUCGAGGAGCUCGGCGAGGCGCAGCAAAACCACCAAGCUCGACAACUACGACCCGGACGACAGGGAUGCCGAUCUGUCGAUGGACAGUCUGAACUCCCUGGUGCCGUUGCACACGGACAAGAACGGCAGGAUCAACAUCGAGAGGAGGGACGAGGCGACCAUCAGGGGACAGAACACUUCGCGGGAUGUUUGGGGCGGGGACGAUAUCCUGAGCCACCUUACAUCCCUCAGAAACGGUCUGAUCAUGAAGAAGAGGGAGUGGGACCUGCAAGAGUGUCCGAUCUCGCCGAUAACCGAGCUCUACUGACAGCGCGCUCACUGCCAGCGCCGGAAAAUCCGUUCUCCGGACUAACGAAGCUGCCAUAUCCCACGCCAAGCGCAAAUCGUGCACCGCUUAUUAGUUUCGCAAUUAUACGUGUACAUAAUGAAAUUAUUCAUAAUCAUGCCAUAUCCGCGACUGUAUGAUAUAGGACAAACGUGCGGGUAGAUCGUUAGAGAGAUCGAAAACGAAAGAGAGAGAGAGAGAGAGAGAGAGAGAGAGAGAGAGAGAGAGAGAGAGA